AUGAAUUCCGGAGCCGAGGCACCCACUCCUCGAUUUGCCUGGAAGUGCAUCAUGAAAUUCGCAAUUGACCACAUUCUAGCUGUUAUCGACAGCACAAUUUUGAAUCCCGUAGUUUCUGCCCUUAUACCUAUAGGCCUCCACUUUACGACCAUUCAUCGUGUCAUUUUCCAACAUUCCGAAAACUCUAUAUUCCGCCUCCGUAUUGCCCAUCUGCCUUUGAUCCAGAAAAAUGCUCUGUAUCUUCUCGCUGCUGGCGUGCUAAUUCGGCUCAACCGGUACUUCAAUCAAAGAGCACUGAAUAAUGGCGUGUCUGCCAAAUUUGAAGCCUCUAAAGAGAUCAUAGUCGUGACAGGUGGUGCAGGUGGCUUUGGAGCAGAGGCGACGAAGAGGCUUGCUUCUCGUGGAAGUAAAGUAGUCGUAUUGGAUGUACUUCCAUUGACUUACGAUAAGCCACCUAAUGUCCACUAUUACAAAGUGGAUGUUACCAAGUACGAAGCCGUACAAGCGGUUGCAGAAUUGAUCCGCAAGGAUGUUGGAGCUCCUACAGUGGUAAUUGCCAAUGCUGGAAUCUGCCGUGGCAAAGGAAUAUUGGAGGCACGUCCAGAAGAUAUUGAAAUGACCUUUGCUGUAAAUAACCUGGCCAUUUUCUGGUGCGCCAAGGUUUUCUUGCCUUCUAUGGUCAAAAACAAUCAUGGACACUUUUUAAUCACUGCCUCUCAAGGUGGUUACGCGUGUGCAGGUAAAAUUGUUGACUAUUCAGCGACCAAAGCUGCAGCUAUUGCGAUCUAUGAAGGGUUACAGACGGAACUUAAGCACAUACAUAAUGCACCUGGUGUACGUGUUUCCGUCAUCAGUCCAUCUGUUGCGCAGACGAGGAUGUUUGAGACAACCAAGAGCCCCUCGAACUUUAUACUCCCACGUCUAGAGGCUUCUGAUGUUGGCCAGAAAAUGUGUGAAAUCAUAUGGAGCGCCAAAUCGCAGGAAGUCCUAAUACCAGCUGCUGCUUAUAUCGCUGUUCCAACAAGGAGCUUACCAACUUGGAUGAGAGUCGGCCUUCAAAACACCGCAGCUACGUCGUUCUCAGAUUUCAAACCGCAUGAUCCACUCGCAUUGGGCAAGUGA